AGAUUGAGCAAGAGUCACAUACCCGGUGUCGGUGCCAGCGGCUAGUCAUUAGCUCCUGUCUAUACUAGCCUCUCCUUGACACACCAUGCCGCCUAAACUGGCCGUCCCUGCACCCAAGAAAGCGGCGAGUGUCUCCAGGAGCGAGAGUAGCUCAUCAGUCACCUCUUCUGGGUCAGAGGCGUCCUCCGCUAAUUCUAAACUUGAUGAGCUCAGCUUAACGAAAGACCAAGUUGUGUUGCUGAAAAAUGCGUUUACGGCUUUUGAUGCAGAGAAGAAGGGGUGCAUUGGGAUUGACAUGAUUGGAACCAUUCUAGAACUGUUGGGACAUGCGCAGACACAAGCACAGCUGGAGGAGAUUGUCAAGGAAGUAGACGUUGAUGGUGAGUUGUUGUAUUGUAUAGGGAACCAUUCUAGAACUGUUGGGACAUGCGCAGACACAAGCACAGCUGGAGGAGAUUGUCAAGGAAGUAGACGUUGAUGGUGAGUUGUUGUA